UCAUUUGUCGUGUUUGCUCGACUAAAAGCCAACAACACGCGUGUGCCCCGGCGGCGGGCGUGGCCUGGCGCUAUAAAGGCCUCACGGGCGGCGUGCUCAACCUCACACCUCUCGGCUCCUCUUCGCCAUCUUCACCCUCAUUGGACCGUCGCAGCUGCCUCGCGAUGGCACCGUCGUGGCUCAAGGCGUCGUUGACCGUGCUGGUUCUGAUGGCGGCGUGCCGUCCCGCCGCCGCCGACCCGAUGCAGCUGUGCGGCUCGGAACUGGUGGACGCGCUUUACCUGGUUUGCGGGGACCGCGGAUUCCUCUACAACCCCAAGAGGGACGUGUACCCCCUACUGGGCUUCCUCCCGGCCCAGGCGGGCGUGGCAGCGGGCGGCAACGGCAGGCUGCACUUCCAGGACCUCCGGGACCACGUGGAGGUGCUGGUCAAGCGAGGCAUCCUGGAGGAGUGCUGCCACAAGGCCUGCGACCUCCUUGACCUGCAGCGCUACUGCAGCUCAGCACCUAGCCUAGCCUAGCAUAGCCUAGCGUAGCCUGGCGGCGAGGUGAGGAGAGCAGCGGUGUUGUUUUCUGCCACCACAAGUAUUUGACCUGGAAAAUAAACUUUUAUCAAUUGA